GGAUCCAUCAGCAACCAGCAGCAGCAGAAGCGAAACUGUCGCCUCGCAAGUCAAGGGAUUAGCUGUGAAGGUGAAAGUUUCCGCGGUACAUCGUGUCUGCGGAUUUUAAUCCAGUAUAUUUUGGUGUGUUUGUCCAGAAUUCCUCCCAAACCGGUAGCUGCACUAGGCUGUCAACUAAGAUUGUGACACAAAACCUCAUUCAACGUCAUCGGCUGGGAAGUGUGCGUGUCGGACAAAAAGCAGGAAUCAUGGCAAUACCGAACCAAUAUCUGGAGAAAACAGAAGAUGUCGCCGACCAGGUUAUUCGUAAAGGUAAACACGUACUACCCCACGUCGCCCGACUGUGUCUGAUAGCGACUUUUCUGGAAGAUGGUAUCCGUAUGUGGGUUCAAUGGAACGAGCAGCGCGAAUACAUGGAUAUGAGCUGGGGUUGUGGGAAAUUUCUGGCUACCGUGUUCGUACUAAUUAAUUUAAUCGGCCAGAUCGGUGGAUGUGUUAUGGUUCUCGGUCGGUUAAAGGUGGCAAUUGCUUGUGGAAUUUUGUUCUUCAUCGUAGUGUUGCAGACCGUAGCAUAUUCCAUUCUGUGGGACAUUCAAUUUCUACUACGCAACCUUGCCCUCAUAGGUGCUUUGCUGCUUGUUUUAGCGGAGUCUCGAGGCGAAGCGCGUAGUCUAUUUGCUGGUGUGCCGUCGCUGGGCGAGAACAAACCUAAAAACUUCAUGCAAUUGGCUGGCCGUAUCCUUCUAGCGUUCAUGUUUAUUACGUUGAUCCGUUUCGAGCUGAGCUUCCUACAGAUUCUGCAAGACAUACUUGGUUCAAUUCUAAUGGUCCUAGUGACGGUUGGCUACAAAACCAAACUAUCUGCUCUCAUUCUGGUGGCACUAUUAACACUACUGAAUCUGUACCACAACGCCUGGUGGACCAUUCCGGCCUACAAACCGCUGCGUGACUUUUUGAAGUACGACUUCUUCCAGACGCUCUCGGUCAUCGGCGGCCUAUUGAUGAUCGUUUCACUCGGUCCAGGUGGAGUCUCUAUGGAUGAGCAUAAAAAGAAAUGGUAAAACAGAAACCAUGCCGUUGAUAUUUUUUGUUUCGGUCGUAGUGAGGGAAAGUAACUUUGAUACGAUAGGUUUUUUAAUUGUAAAACAUUUUUAAAAAAUUGUUCAACUCGCCACAUGAUGGCGCUUGAUGAACGAACGAAAGGAGCCUGUAAGGAGCCUUACCAUCAUCCUCAUCAGGGACUACUUCGAAAGACACAUUGACACAAGCACUUACGUAUAUAGACACCGAUUCAGACAAGGGACAUCCGUCAACAUGUGAUAAUUGUGAACACAAGAAGCAACAAGAGCAUAAGCAGAGUGAAACGCUUCCACCAACAAUAAUUCCAUCGACAUCAACAAUUGGCGAGAGAGAGUGAGAACGAGUUUAAGCAGCAUUUGGCCUCAACAGAACCUAUUUUUCGAAACAAUUUUCUGUGCAUCUUUCUGUCUGUCUGUUUUUGAUUUUCUGUGUUGUAAAAUAAUUGUGUCUAUAAAAGAAAAGAAAACAACUUAUUGUCGUUAUCGUCGGUAAGGGAAGGAGACACAAAACAAACUAAUAAUGGCAAAGUGGAAAAGUAAAGUGGCAAAAAGCAACUAUAUCCAGGAGAACAAAACUAUAUCCAUGCAACAAAUAACACUUAAAUAAAAGAAGGGCAAACAAGUAUAAUAACUAAAUAAACCACAAACUGAUUAGUUUUUUAACUAUAAAGACGA